AGAGGGCUGGUUUAAAUCGUCUCGGUCCAGGGAUUGAGCGAGAGGGGAGGAAAGUGAAGGCUGGCAGGUCGGCAUUGGAGAUGGGCAGCACCGUAGGACUCUGCUCCAGUCCAAGGGCUUGGGGAUGUGGCUGGAAUGUCACCCAACUCCUGUGCUUUGCUGCCAUUAGCUGGGUGCUCAUGACUCAGACGGAAGUGGGAGCCUGGACCUACCAUUAUGGUAACAAAUCUGAUUACUCAUGGGAGCUGGCCAGAAACUUUUGCAGGUCAUUCUACACUGACCUCGUAGCAAUCCAGAACCAGGGGGAAAUUGCUUAUCUCAACAGUGUCUUACCCUACUAUAAAACAUACUACUGGAUUGGGAUACGAAAGAUAAAGAAUGUCUGGACCUGGGUUGGUACCAACAAGGUCCUGACGAAGGAGGCUGAGAAUUGGGCUAACAGGGAACCCAACAAUAAAGGGAGGAACCAAGACUGUGUGGAGAUUUACAUAAAGAGGGACCGUGAUGCUGGAAGAUGGAACGAUGAGCACUGCCAAAAGAAAAAGAAGGCGCUGUGUUACCAAGCAUCUUGUCAGCGUUCCUCCUGCAGCCAGCAUGGUGAGUGUGUGGAGACCAUCGGGAACUACACCUGUGAUUGCUACCCUGGUUUCUACGGGCCUGAGUGUGAAGAAGCUGUCAAGUGCCCAGUGCUGGAUUCCCCGGGCAGGGGCCGAUUAAACUGCACUCACUGGCAUGGAGACUUCACGUAUAACUCCACCUGCACCUUCUCCUGCGAGACGGGCUUUGUGCUGAAUGGAUCGGAGAAGCUGGAGUGCACAGCCCUGGGACAAUGGACAGGGCAAACCCCGCGCUGUGAAGCUGUUACAUGCCCAGGUUUGGCUGCCUCUCGCAGAGGCCGAUUAAACUGCACUCACUGGCAUGGAGACUUCACGUAUAAGUCCACCUGCACCUUCUCCUGCGAGACGGGCUUUGUGCUAAAUGGAUCAGAGACACUGGAGUGCACAGCCCUAGGACAAUGGAGAGGGCAAACCCCGCGCUGUGAAGCUGUCAAGUGCCCAGUGCUGGAUUCCCCGGACAGAGGCCAAUUAAACUGCACUCAUUGGCAUGGAGACUUCACGUAUAAUUCCACCUGUGCCUUCUCCUGCGAGAUGGGCUUUGUGCUGAAUGGAUCGGAGAAGCUGGAGUGCACGGCCCUGGGACAAUGGACAGGGCAAACCCCGCGCUGUGAAGCUGUUACAUGCCCAGGUUUGGCUGCCCCUGGCAGAGGCCGAUUAAACUGCACUCACUGGCAUGGAGACUUCACGUAUAACUCCACCUGCACCUUCUCCUGCGAGACGGGGUUUGUGCUAAAUGGAUCGGAGACACUGGAGUGCACAGCCCUGGGACAAUGGAGAGGGCAAACCCCGCGCUGUGAAGCUGUCAAGUGCCCAGUGCUGGAUUCCCCAGGCAGGGGUCGAUUAAACUGCACUAAUUGGCAUGGAGACUUCACGUAUAACUCCACCUGCACCUUCUCCUGCGAGACGGGCUUUGUGCUGAAUGGAUUGGAGACACUGGAGUGCACAGCCCUGGGACAAUGGAGAGGGCAAACCCCGCGCUGUGAAGCUGUCAAGUGCCCAGUGCUGGAUUCCCCGGGCAGGGGUCGAUUAAACUGCACUAAUUGGCAUGGAGACUUCACAUAUAACUCCACCUGUGCUUUCUCCUGCGAGACGGGCUUUGUGUUGAAUGGAUCGGAGACACUGGAGUGCACAGCCCUGGGACAAUGGAGAGGGCAAACCCCGCGCUGUGAAGUCACGAGAUGCCCCAAGCUGAGGGGCCUAGAGCCAAUUCUUAUGAAUUGCUCCCACCCUCUGGGAUCCUUCAGCUAUGGGUCAGUGUGUCGCUUCCGCUGCACUCAGGGCUACUUCCUCAAUGGGACGAGCAGGGUGCAGUGCCAGCCUGAUGGGCACUGGUCAGACAAGAUGCCUGCCUGCCAAGGAGAGGCUGCUCCCUAUUUCAAGCAAGUCCUGCUUUAUAUGGGUGGUGGAGCUGUGGCCCUUGUGGCCCUGUUGCUGACAGGAAUGUUCAUAGCUCUGCUAAUCAAGCGUCUCAGUGACAAAGAGGAAGAAAAAAUGCUGCUGAAUCCCACCAGUAACCUGGGAGCACCUGGUGUCUUUACAAAUGCAGCGUUUGACUCCAACUUGUAAGCUCUGCACAGCCAGCCAGCACAGCAGACCUUGAGCGAACCGCCCAAUGACCACAAGAUCUAUUAACGUAUGAAGGUUGCAGGACAGGUUUAUCGUUGGCAAAGCACGGUAAUAGCAUGUGGAAGACUCUACGAGGAUACUAAGACAUGUAUGCCUGUGACAAUGGACCAGCUCAAUGACUGACAGGCGUUUCCAUUCCCUCCUUGGUUGGACAAAGAUACUCUCUCUGAGAUACAUCUUUAUACCUUGAUACAAAUAAGUUAUGUUACACAUGCCAAACCCAUGGAAAAAACCACAGAAAUUGGGCUUGUUUUUGGCUUAAUUGGCUUGUGAGUUGCUUGUCUAGUUUUUGGCUUGUAGCUUGUUUGGCUUGUAGC